AUUUCUUUAAUAGAUCUAGUAUUUAUUUUGGGGCCUAUGAUAGUGGUAACAUUCAAAGUGGACAGGAGGGGUUGGUGGGAAAAUGGACUGAUUAUUCAUUCAAUAACAUUUUUCUCUUAAUUAUCCCAGAAACAUUUGCUAAAUAAUCCACUGUCACCCAGCUUGCAGUGCCACAUUCAUCACGGAUUCAGUCCCCUCUAGACAUUGGUCUGUGUUUACACUUUCUAUUCUGUUCUGUUUUUCUGUGUCUGUUCUUGUACCAGGGCCACAUGCUUGGCUGGAUGUUGCUUUGCAAUACAACAUAGUACCUGGUCAUAGGCCCUCAGCAUCUUGCCUUCGUCGUUCCUUGUUAUUUUAGGCAGCAUCCGUUCCUCCAGCCAGAGACCAGCAACUGUUCUUAUUUGGAGCCCCUUUCUCCCACCCCACCUCAGUUCUCUGUCUCUCUCUGAUGUUUCUGUCUCCCUUGUCCUUUCUCUGCUUCUCAUUCUGUCUCCCUCUUUGCAUGCAUUCCCCUGACAUUCUGCUCCUAUGGGGUCCUCUCCCCCCUUCUCUGUCACUCUCUGUUGUUCCUUCUCUCCACAUCUCACUCUCAUUCCCUUUCUGUGUCUCUUUCCCACCUCAUAUCUCUCCCAUCUCUCUCUGUAUCUCCUAUUCUCUGUGUCUUUCUAUUCCCCUAUGUUUAUCUGCUUUUCUCUGUUUCUGUCUCUGUCUCUAUGUAUCUGUCUCUCAGCCAGUACCCAGAUAGAGGGGCAGUUGUUGACUCGAAGCACUUCAGACCCCUAAGAACUUACCCAGACACAAAGCAAAAAGGUCCUAACUCUCAUCUCCUCCACACCUCUCCCCAUCCCCAGUGUGCAGAGGGGCAAAGUGAAGCCCAGAGAUGAGUGGGAGGACUUCUUCCAAGCCCUCACACAGAUGCAGUGGCAGAGUUGAGACCCAAGGUCUGAUGUCAGGACUCUCAGUGGGACCCUGCUUCCAUCUCUCCCCCUACCCCCACCGUGAGCCUCAGUUUGCCCCUCAAUACCUUUGAGGAGAGGAGGGGGACCAGGGCUGCCUUCCAGCUGCUACCAUUCCCCCUUUUUUCACAAGUUGAACCCUCACACAGGCAAGAGGCUUCACGGUCCCAGUGUGGCAUCCAGUCUCACAAGAGCUAGUCCGGGUGGGGUCCCAACACCAAAGGGUAAUGAUACUGGAGGGUUGUAAGUCAGUUGGUCUGGCUGUGAUCAGAGCUCAGCCAUGUCCCCAGAGUUGGUACUGAUUUCUGGGAACCUCUAUCCGAGGGCCCCUCCCAAGAGCCUAGUGGUAGGUUCUCUACUGGCCAAGGCCAGGGCUUUUCCUGCUCGCUACCAUGAGGUCCUAGCCAAAGGCAUGCCGUCUUCUACCUCCCCCCAGUUCCCUCCCGUUCCCUAGUUGAGUGGCUGUGAGUUUGGGAACACUGUACCAGAAUGGACGGGGACACUGAGGCCUUGUGGGUGUCCAUCCUGAUGACUGAUGUUUUGUAUCAUCUUUGGAAGAUGGGUACCUUUUUAUACAGGAGCAGGGGGAAAGUUACAGCGAGUUAGUGGCAGAGCCUGGCCCCAGGCUGGGAGAAGUAGAGGGGAUGAGUCUGGCCCUCCUUCUUUCACAGGCCUUAGGAGGGAGGCUUGCUGCAAUUCCACAUCUGGUAGGUGGGAGGCCCUAUGUAAUAGGGAGCUUUGUGUGCUUCGGGGAGUUCCAGCGAGUUUGGAAACCAGCGGCAUUGGCCUUCACAUACUAAGAAGUUGGACCCGUGGACCUCAAAGGGUCUGUGGGUUUGAGAUUCUAGGAUCCUGUGAAUCAAAGAAAUUAUAUUCUAUGAUUCUGAGGUUCUAGUGUAGUACUGUUGGGAGACCCUAAAAAUCCCAGUAUCUCUGGGGUCUGCAUGGUACUCCCCAAGCAUCAGACCUUGGGCCUCGCCAUGGCCCAGGAAGGUCCAGGUCUACAGAGCCAAGGGCUUGUCAUGGUGGCCAAAUGGAUGUCACUCACCACAUCCGCCAGCACCCACGCCACCCCACCUAGGCCAGGAAGGCUGUAGGGUGGGCCAGUCAAUUCUCGGAAUGAAACCUGUGGGGUGGGGGAUCUGCCCCCUUCUCUUCCUCCUUGGUGCUGAUGAAGCCCAGCGCAUCCGGCGGCCAUGACGUCAAUGACGGAAAAACCUGGGGAAGUUGGGGGCUGUGACAAUAGGGCCCAGAUACAGACCCCGAUAUGAAAACACAAUGUGUCCCAGAAACAUCCUUCAUGCAGCUUCUGAGAAACAGUCAGAAAGGGACGCCCCAACAGACAGUGCAGGAAGCCGGCUGCCCAACCCGGCCCUCCAGGUACCCCCCUCACCAGACCAUAUCCAUAUGUCCUUUGUGAGAAUUUAUCUAUGCUUCCCUGAGUUAGACACGUUCCUGAUAUGCCUGGGGAGGAGACAGCUUAUAAGCUCUGGCCAAGUGUCCAGGCAGCUUCAGAAGUGACCACAGGCCAACUGUGUGGGCCAGGCCAGAACUGGUGGGAAACAUCCACUCACUUAGCAAAAUCAGUAUUAGUUUACUCAGGCUGCUGUAACAAAGUUACCACAAACUGGAGGGCUUGAAGAACAGAAAUGUAUCAUGGUUCUGGAGUCUAGAAGUCUGAGAUCAAGGUGUCAACAGGGUAGGCUCCCUCUGAGGGAGAAUCUGUUUGUGCCUGUGUCCCAGCUUCUGCUGCCUUGCUGGCAGUCUUUGGCGUUCCUUGGUUUCUGCUCCAUCAUGCUGAUCUCCACCACCAUUCAUUCCCUCACCUCUUCACGGUCACCUAUGUUCUAUCAGGCCCUCAUUCCGAGCCUACGUAGACCCCAGCUGCUGAUUCUUGUGUGAUGCUCUAACCCUCAAGAGACUGAAGGGUUUAAUACCUGGAUUCUCACCCGCACCUUGCUCAGCACUCCCGUGAGCUAAAAGCAAAGAAAGGAAGAACAACUGCUCCCCCAAAACCCGCCUUGUGCUGGCCUGGGCUGCUGUCAGCAGCUGUGUGCCCAACCCGGUGCUGUGGGGUGGGGUGGGGAGUGGCACACAUGCACACCCACACACUGACCAAUAGCAGGGGGCUAUGUACACAUGCACAAUUUCUGGACAAAGAAGGGCAUUUUCAAGUCACCAUGGGACUGUAAAUUGCUGCACCUGGGUGUCUCCUUCAGUAGAACAGACGUUGGAUUAGGCAGUCUCUUCCAUCUCUGGCUUCCUCUCAGACUGAGACUGCAGAAUUCUGAGAAACUGAAGCCCUGCCCAUUGGGGAAGUGUAUGAUUCUGGAGCUCAGCAGAUGGGCCUGGGGCCAUUAUGGAGGGCUUUCUGGAUAGGAAGUGGGUAGGGGAAGAGGAGGAAGAGUGGAUGCUCCAGGAAGGCCAAAUAGCACUAGAAAGACUUGGAAGCAGGCUUAGGGAACAGAGAUUGAGGUAAACAAUGGUGAGUAGAGGCGCUCCUCCAGGUCUCGGCUCAAGAGAAUCCAUCUCUCCUCCUCUCUGCCACCUGCCAUGUCAGCUCCAUGCAGGGCAGGAACCCAGAGAUGAUUACAGCCGGCCCCUGCCUGAGCUCUAGACUCCUGUACUCAGCUGGCCACUCAGUAUUUCCAUUUGCAUGUCCAAGGCCAGACUCUUCAUGUCCAUUCAUACCUGGAUCACCAGCACCAACCCCGCUCCCCUACCUCCCCCAUCACAGGUAAUGUCAACUCUGCCCUUUCAGCUGCCCAGGCCAAUACCCUCUCUCACCCCCCACAUCCAGGCUGCCAGCAGAUUCUCCUGAUUCCACUUUCAAAACACAUUCAGAACUCACUCACUUCUCACCAUCUCCACUGCUGCCAUCCUGGUCUGUGCCACCACUGUUGCCAGCCUGGACUGUUGCAGAAGCCUUCUCACUAGUCCCCCUGCUUUUGCCUUUCUAUAACCUGUCCCUCUCACACCCCUCCACUCCCAGACAUGCUCAAGUCACUGGGGUAAAAUAAUGCCACCAGGGAAGUCAAGAGACCAGCCCCAGUGGGACUGGCAAAAGUCGUGUGGCCUGUGCAGGGUUCAGGGAAGACCAAAGGACCAAAACUUGGACACAAGCCUCAAGUGGUGGGGGGAAAGAGCUGAAACCUGCCCUGAGGCCCCCAAAACCACUUGGAGUCCCCCACCGCCCUUGUGAGGACACAUCCACACCAGGGCUGUGCCAGUGCAUGCAGGCAAGAUGUGUGCCAGACCCAUGUAUGGUGAAUGUCUGCACAUGGGGCAUGAGCAGAAACACAUAUGCCUGUGUUCCUGGCACCAAUGUAUGUGUGCACGCACACAUGAUCAGAGCUGGGGUCCAGUGUAGGCCCUCUGGGACAUGCCCCAGACACUGCCUGCCAUGACCAGAGUGGGUGUCCACGUGGUUCAGGUGGUUGAGUAUUUCCCACACACCCCCAGGACAAAUGUAACUCCUUCCCUUCUGUGUCCCCACAGCCUGUCCUGGGACAAGGACCCAAUGCCCAACCCCAGGCCAACCAAGCCCUUGGCCCCUUCCUUGGUGCUCAACCCAUCCCCAGGAAUCUCACCCAACUGGAGGGCUGCACCCAAAGCCUCAGACCUGCUGGGGGCCAAGGGCCCGGGAGCAACCUUCCAGGGUCGGGACCUCCGAGGUGGGGCCCAUGCUUCUUCCUCCACCUCCUUGAACCCCAUGCCACCAUCGCAACUGCAGCUGCCCACAGUGCCCCUAGUCAUGGUGGCACCCUCCGGGGCACGGCUGGGCUCCUCGCCCCACUUGCAGGCACUCCUCCAGGACAGGCCACACUUCAUGCACCAGCUCUCAACAGUAGAUGCCCAUGCCCGGACCCCCAUGCUGCAGGUGCGCCCAUUGGACAGCCCAGCUAUGAUCAGCCUCCCGCCACCCGCCACUGCCGCUGGAGUCUUCUCCCUCAAGGCUCAGCCUGGCCUGCCACCUGGGAUCAAUGUGGCCAGCCUGGAGUGGGUAUCCAGGGAGCCAGCGCUGCUCUGCACCUUUCCAAGCCCCAGCGCACCCAGGAAAGACAGCACCCUUUCGACUGUGCCCCAGAGCUCCUAUUCACUGCUGGCAAACGGUGUCUGCAAGUGGCCUGGAUGUGAGAAGGUCUUUGAGGAGCCAGAGGACUUCCUCAAGCACUGCCAGGUGGACCAUCUGCUGGAUGAGAAGGGCAGAGCGCAAUGUCUCCUCCAGAGGGAGGUAGUGCAGUCUCUAGAGCAGCAGCUGCUGCUAGAGAAGGAGAAGCUGGGCGCUAUGCAGGCCCACCUGGCUGGGAAGAUGGCCCUGACUACGGCUCCAUCCACGGCAUCAUCUGACAAGGGCUCCUGCUACACUGGAUCAGCAGGCACCCCAAGCACAGCCCCCAUCCCAGGCUGGGCCGGCCCCCAGGCCUCUGAUAGCCUGUUUUCUGUGCGGAGGCACCUCUGGGGCAGCCAUGGAAACAGCACAUUCCCAGAGUUCUUCCACAACAUGGACUACUUCAAGCUCCACAACAUGCGGCCCCCUUUCACCUAUGCCACUCUCAUCCGCUGGGCCAUCCUGGAGGCUCCUGAGAAGCAGCGGACACUCAAUGAGAUCUACCACUGGUUCACACGCAUGUUUGCCUUCUUCAGAAACCAUCCUGCCACCUGGAAGAACGCCAUCCGCCACAACCUGAGCCUGCACAAGUGCUUCGUGCGGGUGGAGAGUGAGAAGGGGGCUGUGUGGACCGUGGACGAGUUUGAGUUCCGCAAGAAGAGAAGCCAGAGGCCCAGCAGGUGUUCCAAUCCCACACCAGGCUCCUGA